AUGGCAUGGCAGGUGAGAGCAAGCUGUUCAUGGACUGUGAAAAAAAUGAUGAAAUGUCGAGAUGAUAUUAAGGAUUUGCAGUAUUGGCAGGAUGUUUUACAAGGUAAGCAGUUCAAAACUAAACUGCUUUAUAUUGCCAUACGGGGUACGAUGAACAAGGUUGAGUGGCGACACCUGAUAAUGCACAAUUUGGCCCGACCACGAGCUAUUUUCCUUUUGUGGUUGGUACUGUAUGGUAAGCUGUCUACUAAGGACAGACUAUUAAAAUUUGGGAUUAGCGUGAAUCCGACGUGUGAAUUUUGCAAUAAUUUGGAGAGCAUUCACCACCUUUUCUUUGAAUGUAGCCAUGUCCAUAUGGUUUGGAAAGGUAUUUUGGAGUGGCUGGGAGUGCACAGAAGCCCGCAUGGUUGGAAUGAAGAGAGGGUUUGGAUCAUGUCCGAAACACAUAAAAAAGGAUGGAUGUGUCAGCUUCUGAAAAUUGCUUGUGCUGAAACAAUUUAUGAAGUGUGGAAGAAUCGAAAUGAGAAGAUUUUCUCCCAAAAGGAUAUCGACCGAAAUUUAUUAGGAAUGAUUAUUGAUAUUAUUGUAGCUAGAGGUAUUAAGAAUAGUAAGAUUAGAUCUCACAUUGAUGUGAGUACUAAUAGAAUUAUUAGAUAG